CGAGAAUCAUGUGGUGUGUGUGGGAGUGCCCGGGGACUAUAACACACCCCUCCUUCCUCCUCCAGUCAGACCCACGCAAACAGUCAGACUGCUUUCAUACAUACACUGCUCCCCUCAUCGAUCAACAGCAAACAACAACAACCACAUGAUGGCCCAGUGGCAGGAACUGCUGAGGCUGGAUUCAGCGCUCCAGUGCCGGGUGAGCCAGCUGUAUGAGGGGAAACUUCCCAGAGAGAUCCGCCACUAUCUGUGCGUCGCGAUAGAGAGCCAGGACUGGGAUUCGGCAGCUGAGAAUGACAAUAAAGCAAGAACCUGUUUCCAUGCACUCCUCGAGUAUUUGGAAGAACAAUGGAACCGUUCUAUCCAGGAGAACAACAUUUUGCAGGGACCUGAUUUUCCAGGGAUCAGAGACUACUUGCUGAAACACUUUCAAGCUCAGCCACUAUACUUGGCCGUAAUCCUGUCUAUAUGCCUAAAGGAGGAAAAGAAAAUCCUGGCUACAGCUUCUGAAGCACAGGGUUGCGGCAAUCCAGUCUUGGAUCAAAAAUGGAGAAUGUUGGACAACAAAGUCAAUGAAAUGAAAAGGAGGACUUCGGACUUAAAGAAGGAAAUAAAGUCAGUGGAGGAGCAAAACGAAAAGCUAGAAUUCCUACAGGAGACCUGGCAAAUCCAAGUGGAGGAGCAUGUUGGAUUGGCUCAGUCCCAGGCUGUUGUGAAAGAGAAAUGUCUUAAGCAGGCCAACAUUAUCACACAAACAAAGAAGAUAUUGCUGCAGCAGAUAGUGAACAUUUUAAAACUGGCCGAGGAGAUUGUGGCGACUCUCACAGAUGUGGAGUUGCCUGAGUGGAAGCACAGGCAGCAGAUGGCCUGCAUUGGAAGUCCGGUUGACACCUCGCUGGACCAUCUCCAGAAGUGGUUCACGACUGUGGCGGAGGAGCUACUACGAGUGCGCGAACAGCUGCAGAAACUGCAAGACCAGAACAUGAAGUACAACAGCACUGAUAACUCCAACCUCGCUGGUCCCAUGGCAGAAAUUGAGAAAUUCGCACUGUCCUUGCUCACAAAACUUGUCGCAAAUGCUCUCGUGGUUGCGAAACAACCCGCCAUGUCGAGUUUACAACAACGACCUCUGAUACUGAAGACCGGGGUGCGAUUCUCGGUGACAGUGAGGUUCUUAGCAAACCUCCCAGUAUUCAAGCACCUGCUGAAAGUCAAACCUGUAUUUGACAAGGAUGUUCAAGAAGCCCAGACAACUAAAGGGUUUCGUCGCUUUGAAUUCAACAGGGAGGACUGUAAGGUGUUGGACGUGGACGCACCGGAUGGAGGCUUGGCGGCAGAGUUUGGUCACAUGUUUCUUAAGGAGAAAAGAGGAAGAUCCAAAGGAUCCUCUGAGACUCGUCUGGGCGUCACCGAGGAACUCCACAUCAUUAAGUUUGUGGCAGAGUUUAAACAUGCCGGACUGCAGUGCAACCUUGAGGCCAGCUCCCUGCCUGUGAUUGUCAUCUCCAGUACCAAUCAGGUCAUCAGUGCCUGGGCCUCCGUCAUGUGGUACAACACACUGUCCACCAGCGAGCCGAGGAACCUGUCGUUGUUUGCCGACCCGCCGCCACUCACCUGGCAGCAGCUGUCUCAUGUUCUGAGCUGGCAGUUUUUGUCCGUUGGAAAGCGAGGGCUCGACGAAGACCAGCUCUCAAUGCUGAGAGACAAAAUUGUGGGGGAUGAUCCUGAUGAUCUUGUGCCCUGGAGCAAGUUCUCCAAGAACGAAGGUGCCUGGAUUUGGAUUGACGGAAUCCUGGAUUUGGUCAAAAAACACCUGGUGGAUCUUUGGCGGGAUGGUUGCAUCAUGGGGUUUGUGAGCAGGAAGAGAACACGGACCUUGUUGCAGGAAAAACAGACCGGGACCUUUCUGAUCCGCUUUAGCGAGAGCCUCAAAGACGGAGCCGUCACCUUCAGCUGGGUGGAGCACACCCACGGUGAAACCCACGUGCAUGCAGUGGAGCCCUACACCAAGGUUGAGCUGUCUGGCAUGUGUCUGCCAGACAUUAUUAACCUCUACAGUCUGAGAGCUGAGACGAACAUGACCGGGAAUCCUCUGCGCUUUCUUUACCCAGACAUCCACAAAGACACCGCACUUGGACGCUACUACAAUAACUCACCACUGUCAGCAACUCAAAAGGUCAUAGAUGGAUACGUCAAGAGGACCAACAUUCCCGUGUCAACCUAUCCUACGCCACCUCCAUCUCCACCCAGGGAGGUGGAGGACAUAGAGGAGAUGGAACUGCUUCAGGAGCUCUUUCCUGAUUUCUUUUACUUCUGCACACCAUCUCAGAGCUUUGUUGAUAAUAGUAGCUCAUACUGAAAAUGUGCUGUCAGAUUCAGAGUAGGGAUGUCCCGAUCCAAACCCAAAGAUCGGUAUCGGCUAUAUUGAGCUUUACUGACCCAAUCCGAUCUUUUGUUUCACGUUAGCUGUCACACAGCUGUUUUUACUCACAAAGCUUUCAUGCACGGUGCAGCCAUCAUCAACUCUCUCCGCUGUCUCCACUCUGCUGAGCUCUGUAUCUGUGUGUGAGAGCAGUGACUGCCUGUGCUCAGAGAGAGACAACGGUAGAGAUCCGACACAAAACAAAAAGCCAAUAAGAGUAACGCAUAAAGGUAAUCUACACAAAAGAUGUGAAGACGAUGGAAAUAAAAACUCUGCAGAAUAAAGACAGUUCAUUCAGACGAAGACUGCACUGAAGCAACAAACACUCCCUCCAGACAGCGAUAAGGCCGAAAAGAUUAGAGAGGGUUUGUUAUUUUAUACUUUAUUGUGUAAAGAAGAUUAAAAAAAAAAAACAUUAAGGAACAGCUUUAUUUUUCUUAAAGCGACGUAGAACUGGAUUGAUUUUAGUUUAAUGUACUUAAUGUAAUGUAAGUGUGCACUGUGCACUUGUAUUAUCAAGGAAAACACCCCAAGUAUUGAGAAUCAGCAAAUACUUGAUAUUAAAUGAGUGAUUAGAUUGGGGGCUAAAAACUCGGGACAUCCCUAAUUCAGUGUUCUUGUGGUGCUGGUGUUACUAUGAAAAUGAAGCAUCAUACUGGAUAUUAAUACACAAAAAAAGGAUGAUUGAUGACUACAUUACAGGAAAUUUAAGAUUCUUCUAAAUGUAUUUUGUGCAAACAUGAGAUGUUUUUCUACUGUACUGUUUUAAAAGUGAACUGCCUCUUGUGAAUGUGUGUGAAAGGAUGAAUGUGGCACGCAGUGUAAAAGCGCUUUGAGUGGUCGGGAGACUAGAAAGGCGCUAUACAAGUACAGGUCCAUUUAUCAUUCACCAUCUUAGGUAUGUGAAGAAAGAAGAAUGUUAUGCUGCUGUGGGUGGGGGGAUGCAAUACUGUACUGUAGAUGUUCUUUACUUUUGUUUAUUAAAAUAAACAUAUUUGAACGCA